AUGAUACGAUUUAUCGUAGUUUUCUUUUGGUAUGCAGAUUGUAUAUCUCAGUUCUUAGACACAUUGCAUCAAACACUCAAUAUCACCUACCGAAAUUUGGAACAUACAAUAAUUUCCAUUGGUGCUUUUCUGGCGGUUGCCAACGCUGGUCUUUACCACGGUCACGGACACGCUGUAUCCUCCCAAAACAUCUUACGUCAUGAUGUAGGCUACUCGGCUCCACUUCACGCUGCUCCACUGGCUCACUACGGUGGAUAUUAUGCAGCACCUGCUUACUAUGGUGGCCAUGAUGAAUAUGCUCAUCCCAAAUAUGAUUUCGCAUACUCGGUAGCGGACCCACAUACCGGUGAUCACAAGUCUCAGCAUGAGAGUCGGGACGGUGAUGCUGUACAUGGUUCUUACUCUUUGGUACAACCUGAUGGCUCUGUCCGUACCGUCGAUUACAGUGCUGAUGCUCACAAUGGUUUCAAUGCCGUUGUACAUAACACAGCUCCUCUGGUGCACGCCGCUCCCGCCUACUACCAUUACUAA